AUGCUCAGCAAGUCAGGCACAACAGCUUUCCCUGUCACACACAAAAUCAGGGUCCCAGCUGCCCCCACGACAUCAGCUGCUGAAAGAUGCUUUCAGAGAGAGAACGCGGUAGGCAAACACGAUUCCAGCGAUUCCACCUGCCUGACAGCGAACCGUGCUGGAGACAGCUCAGAGGACUUUUCCCUUUUGUUUUCUCUGCCUCUCGCCUCUCUCCGUGCGCGCCCAGGUUUACGCGUCCAUGAAUAUUUGUAUUUCCAAGUGCUGAGCCCUGGCGACAUCCGCUACAUCUUCACUGCCACUCCGGCCAAGGAUUUCGGCGGCGUGUUUGGAGCACGUGCUCCGCUCUUUCCUCCUCCGAGGGCUGAGACAGGAGCGGCCGUGGCCCAGGAGAGCUGGGGCUGCUCCUGCCUGUCGAAGACGCGCGUGAUCCAGGAGCACGGCGGGCGGGCGGUGAUCAUCGCGGAUAACGCCUACGAUAACGACAGCUUCUACACGGAGAUGAUCCAGGACAGCACCAGGCGGACAGCCGACAUCCCCGCGCUCUUCCUGCUGGGCAGGGACGGGUACAUGAUCAGACGCUCCCUGGAGCAGCACGGGCUCCCCUGGGCCGUCAUCUCCAUUCCCGUCAACGUCACCACCAUCCCCACGUAUGAAAUGAUGCAGCCCCCUUGGACCUUCUGGUAG